GGGUCUGCCGCUAGAGCACUUGCGAUCGAUCAGUUUGCUACUCGCAGUCGAGCCGUGUGGACGUGAAAUUGUGGAAGCCGGAAAAUUCUCUCGUGACUUGCGUGGAAAUAAAUGUGAUUGCUAAAAGUGGUGAAGUGAUUAUUUUUUUACUGCUCAACUGUGGCCAAGUGACUGUGAGUGGCAUAUAUUCCUGGACCGGAUUCCAAGAAGCAAAAAUAGCGGCUCGUCGCUUAGUUUGCCAGCGAGAAGACAUAAAAGUAACAAUCGAAGGUGUGACAGAAGGAGGGCGUCUAGAGAAUGACUACAGGUGGCAAAGGUUGGCUAACAUGUCGCCAAGUGUUGAACAUCAUGGUCAUUUUCGGCUUUAUGCUGAACUAUGCCCUGCGAGUCAACUUCACCAUUGCAAUCGUAGUGAUGGCAAAAUCGCUGAAGAAUCUCACAACCGGUGGCAUGGACGAAGGUCUACUGGGGAAUGAAACCUCGACAGCCUUGGCUUUGGGUGUGGCCUCGACGACCGAGAUGAGCGCCGUCAACGAGGAGGACAAGUUUGAGUGGGACGCCUAUCAGCAGAAUCUGAUGCUCGGAAGCUUUUUCUGGGGCUACGUGCUGACGGAGCUGCCUGGAGGCCGUCUGGCGGAGAUUGUCGGAGGACGCCGCGUCUUCGGAUAUAGCAUGCUGUUCGCUAGUGUAUUGACUUUGCUUACUCCUAUAGCUGCUUACACCAAUUAUAUUGCGGUAGUUAUAUUGCGAGCUGUUCUAGGCUUUUUCCUGGGAGCAUCCUGGCCGGCGAUUCAUCCGUUGACUGCCGUCUGGAUUCCACCGAUGGAUCGGUCCAAGUUUAUCGCUAACAUGAUGGCUUCAUCACUCGGUGCAGCUAUCACCAUGCCAAUCUGUGGCUAUCUGAUUGCUACCGUUGGAUGGCAGUCGGUGUUCUACUUCACCGGUGGGCUGGCCCUGGUGUGGUCGGUCAUUUGGUUCUUAAUAGUGUUUGAAACUCCGGCUUCUCAUCCACGCAUCUCUGCUGAGGAACUUAACGAGAUCGAAACAGCUAUCAGUGCUGUCUCCAAGGCUAAGAAACCUACGUACGUUCCGUGGAAAUCGAUUAUCACUUCGCCACCGGUCUGGGCAAUCAUCCUGACCCAUGGUGCAUCCGUGUUUGGCUUCUUCACUGUCGUGAACCAGCUGCCAACAUACAUGAAGUACAUCCUGAACUUCAACAUCAAAGAGAAUGGUCUGCUGUCGUCUCUGCCGUACUUUGGCAAAUACGCCAUGGCUGUGAUAUCUUCCCACCUGGCCGAUCAUCUGCGUAAGAACGGAACACUUUCAACCACUGCCACUCGCAAGAUCUUCACUGCUUUCGCUGUCAUGACACCCGGAUUCCUGAUGAUUGUCCAGGUGUACAUGGGCGAAAGCCGUCACUGGGCCGUUGGCAUCUUCACACUGGCUUUGUUCUUGAACGGUGCCGUCACCGCCGGUUACUUGGGCAACGGUUUGGACAUUGCACCGAAUUUCUCCGGCACGAUCUUCGGUAUGGCUAACACACUAUCCUCAUUCGGUGGUUUCGUGUCCGCUUACAUGGUCGGCGUGCUGACUAAUGACAAUCAAACUUAUGGCCAGUGGCAGAUUGUGUUCUGGAUCUUAGCGAUCAUCUAUAUCGUCGGUUCCUCGGCAUACCUCAUCAUGGGCACCGGUGAGUUGCAGCCAUGGAACAAUCCACCGGAGAAGGGCGGCAACAAUUGUGAGACUGAAGAAGGUGUACCAUUGAAUCAGCAAGUCCAAAAUAACAAACAAAUCUCAUCGUCCUAAGAAGGAGUGCGCGUACAGUUAGAAUAUACUGCUGUGGCGGGCAGCUGGAUAUAGGAUCAAUUAUCAGAUGUUAAAACAAGGUCGUGUAGCUUUCCCACCGGAAAUGAUGCGAUCGGUUUUAUAGAACUAGAUACUUAUUUGUUUCUCUGCGAAUCACAACCAUGUCUGCCGAGGACUUGGAAGUGCGGGAUGUAAAUUUUAAUUUGUUUACUUUUUUAAUGCGACACAAAAGAAUGAUAGUUUUAAUUAAUUUGCGUGAGUGAUUUCUUUUACCUUAGAUGAGUACUACUUACAGUAGAUUUCAGAAUGAGACAGGUAGAUUUUCGUGAUUUGCUAUAGCAUUUAAUAAUUUAUUUUGUUAAGAGUGAAUCGAGACGAAAAGCAAAUCAGUGGUAGUAUUUGAGUUUAUUGUGAGUUAUGUUACGUUGCUGUUACAAUGCACAGAUGUUUACAUCGCUCCGAUCGUGCAAUCUUAUUGUUUCGAUCGAAAUCAUCUGUGAACGACCGUAUGGCUGGAUAAACCAUAAGAAUCACAGUGUGUAGAAAAGAGGACCGUUUGAGCGAGAAUGUGAUUCUAUUCGAAAUGUGUGCUAAAUAUCUCACCUCUAUAAGAUAAACACCCCUUUUCUGCAUUCCGUUCGAAACGGAUUUCCCAUACAAACAUUUUUUUUUGUAUGAAAAUUCCGUUUCAAACGGAAUACAGAAUAGGGAUGAAAAUUCAAAGUUCUCGUUCAGAUUUCAAUUGGUACUGCUAGAGUUUUCAUGUUUUAGUGAAGACGGUCGGUAAUUUGCAUUUUGUGAAACUGAAAGUAGUAUCCAAAUGCAAGCUGAUGAGCCUUUAAUUUUGCAAAAAUAAAAACUAGAACAACAGCGAAGAUAAUCAUCGAAAUUCUCUGAUUGUCCCAUGUAAGGAUACAUCCAUUAUGAACCGGAAUUCAAACUUAUAUAAAUAAAUCGCGGGUAGCCAUUUCAAACACGUGCCUUUCUACUGAAAUGGUAUCAGAAGCAGAAAACAAGCCAAGUGCACUUUGAAACUUUACAUAUACCUAUAUACAAUAGAAUAGAACGAUGUGUAUACUCUCAAAUAAUCAAACAGACAAAAAAUGGCCACUUGUCAACAGUUAUUUUUAGGGUCCUUUUAUUUUAUUUACAAUGAUCAAUAGAAAAAAGUAGAAAAGUAUACAAAAGUUUUUAAAUUACUCAAUUUUAACAAACGGAAAUAAAUGUUAGAAACUUG